AUGGUGAACAAAAUUCCAAAGGGAUUGUUUAGAAUCUUCAGUGUUGUAUAUGAAAGUGUGGAUGAUCCUUCACUUGAUUCAAUAAUCUCAUGGAGCCAAAGCAACAACAGUUUUGUCAUCGUGAAUCUUGAAGAGCUAAAUCACAGAAAGAUAUUUGCAAGAUUCUAUAGCCGCCAUCUCCCAGAUCUCUUCUCCGUACUCGAGUAUUAUGGAUUUGAAAGAAUAAAGGGGGCUGGGGAACUGGAAUUUGGAAAUGUUAAUUUUGUGAGAGGUCGACCUGAGCUUUUGGAGAGGAUGCAUUCCAGGGUUGUUGCAAAGAUGGGCAAUGCAGCUUAUCAGAGAAAGCAAGCAGCCGAUGCCUUUCAACGUUUAAGCAUUUGA